AAAAGCACUUUUCUUAGAUUUUGGAAUGAAAUGCAGAUAAAACAGUUUCUAGUGGGCACAGUGCUGUAGUGACAAUGACGACUGAACUCCCAGCCAACACAAUGAGCCUACAGCAGCAGCAGCAGCAGCAGCCUAGCUUGGACCUGUCCAGUUAUAUGGACAUUGUCACCACUUACAAGUGUCGCUUCUGUACCUUCACUAGCACAGUACCACAGACUAUUGGUCUCCACAUUCGUCAGGUACAUGUUGCACAAGGAGAGUUUAUGGCUCAAGAGACAAAUAAUGACUCUGCAGAGGUCAAGGACACAAAGAACACAGAGAAUAAGAUCACAACAACUAGUAUUUAUCAAGAUUCAAAUGUAAAUGGUGUACAGGAUGUAUCUGAGCAGACAGCCAACAACCAAAUUACACAAGUAAUGACCAAUUUCGUUGAUAUGGAAACAUCAGCUGUUUCUGUCUUACCACUGUCUAUGGAGACAACAACUGCUGAUGCCAUUUUACAAUUGUCCACAAGACUGCCAGACAGUAACGGCGAUGUUGAUGAUGGCUCAUUGUCAGAGAAAAGUAACUCUAAUGAUGACAACACAAAUAUAACUCACUUUGUCACUGUCCAUGAGGAAGACCAGGAUGAAGAAAGUUUUACUGCUGACCCCACCAUUAUCCAACAGAGCUUCCAACAGGUCCAUAGCAACAGACAGCCUGUAAUGACAACGGGAGAAUCCCAGACUGCGAUACAGGAACCCUCCAUGGAAUCUGAAUCAUUGAUACUGACUGAUGCCAGUCAGCAGAAGUCAGCACCAGUCACAAGAGAGCUCUUUCUAUGUGGUCAGUGUAGUAUUGGGUUUAAUAGUAUUGAUGAGUGUCGGGCUCACAUGAUGGAUGACCAUGCUGAUAUGAGAGUGGAAGAGGAUAAUGAACUCUCACAUCGCGUCAGUGUGGGAACCCAGGUGGAGACUACAAAACGUGGUAGGAAAAGAAAAACAGUAACUGUUAAAUCUGAAUCACCACCUUAUGCAUUAGACUCAGACCCAGACCUAGACUGGGAUGAUCAGGAAGAGUAUAAGCCACGAGGUAGUCGGUCUCGUAGAAAGAUACGUCCUCCAAGGGCUCUGAAAGAAGAUUACUACCUCGGUAAAAGUAAAGUAAAAGAAAAACCUAAAGUUAUGCAAGGGUUUAAACUGAAGUGUGAUGAGAUUGGUUGUUGUGCCAAAUUUAGGACUAAAGAGGCACUUGAAGUGCAUUUAAAAUGUCACAUGACUGAUGUUUUUGAAUUUAAGUGUCCAGAAUGUGAUAAAUCAAAUGAGACUUGGAAACAGAUUCGUAUACAUCUGUGGAAAGUUCAUGAAAUUGAUACAGAUCUAUUGACUUGUGAUAUUUGUGGAAAAUUUAAAACUGAUACUAUGAGUCGUUUGUUGAUCCACAAGGAGAUUCACAGUGUCGACCGCCCCUACACAUGUGACAUCUGUGGCAAAGGUUUCCGACAGUUUAGCCAGAUGAAGAAUCAUCAGACAAUUCAUGGAGAGCACCAGGAAGAUGAUCCAAGUAAAUGGUAUCACCGAAAGGAAUGUCACAUUUGUAAACGACAAUACGCCAAUCAAAAGUGUCUUAUAAAGCAUAUUGAAGCUGUUCACAGUAAGAUUAAACCCUAUGUAUGUCCAUACUGUGGUCAUACAGCAGCACGUAAGGCCAUGAUGGAGCUCCACAUCAGGACUCAUACUGGAGAGAAACCUUUUAAGUGUGACAACUGUCAGUAUGUGACGGGUGACCACAAUUCCCUGCGUCGUCACAAGAUGCGUCAUUCUGGUCAGAAGCCAUAUAAAUGUCAGUUUUGCGGAUAUUCCUGCAUACAAGCCAUUUCCAUUAAAAUGCACAUGAAGAACAAACACCCUGGAGGAAAUAUUGGUGUCUUCUGCUGUGACAUUUGCACCUUCCGCACAGUCAAUGAGGUGAGCUUCAAAGGUCAUAUGGAGGACCAUAAAAAUGGCCUCAUUGUUGAAAAUGCUCCGCCUGUGCCACAGCAACAACCCAGACCUCACAUCAUUAUACAACAACCAGCAAUCAGUUCACAAUUUCAGCAAGGUGACAAAAUGGAAAAAGUCACAGUGCAAGGUGCAACAAGUAUGAAGUUUGGUGAGACAAUUAACUUUCAAAGUUUAGGUCAAAUUGAGGGUCAAACCAUUGAGGAGCAUGUAGUUGAGGUUCCUAUGGACAAAAUGGAAGACAAUCAACUCCAAAUGCAAAUUCAAACAUUAGAGUCUGGGGAGACUCAGAUCAGUGAAGAAGAUUUAACAAGACUUUCAAGUUAUGAAGGACUUGUACCCUCUGACUUGUCUGCAGCACAGCUUGUGCUAUCAGCCUUGAAUGCCAUAUCUUCACAGAAUUCUGAACGAACCAACAAUGAAACACCACAAAUUUUGAAUGGUGUAGAAACAUCCAUUAUGUCAUCAGAUAUCAAAGAUGGUGUAACUACACACACCAUCACUUUUCACAUGCCUGCAUCAGCUGCUGAGAAUGUGGUCGGUGCCACAGAGACUAUUACAGAUGCAAUGGUUGCAGACAAUGUUGUGGAUAUGACAGAAUCUAUUGGGUCUCUGAAAGGGGUAGAGGACACUACUAGUGUACAGAAUGGCAUGUUAAUCCUAUCAGGUCAGCCUGUCACUCUUAACCCUGUGAUUAUGAAUAGUGAUCAGACAAGUAGUGCUACAAUCCAGGACCUGGCUCAAGUCAGCUGUCUUAUGGUCAACCAGUAACAGACAUUUCAAAUAAUUCCAAAUUGUGAUGAUUGUUGAAAUGUUAAACAUCAAUAAUUUUGCCUAUUUAAAAAGCCAUUGUUUCAGUAUAAAUGUUUCAAUUUGUAAAGCACUUUGCUCAAAUAAUUUCCUUCCUUUGCACCUCAAAAAGAAUUUGAUGAGUUUAAUACAUUUUUAAUUUGUAGCUUCUUUUCAAUGUUGAAUGUUUUUUGUUCAAAGCAUAAGAAAAAGGAAGUUCAAGGAACCAGUUGAAAUACAACAAUCCUUGUAGAUUGCAGCAGCUGUGUAGAUAAUUACUUACAAUCUAGUCUAUGGAUUACUACAUGUAUCUAACUGCUAAAGCAUGCAGGUUACCUUCAUGUGUUUCAUACUCAAUGUGUUUCAGAUUAAGGAAAAGUAUUUGUAAAUCUUAAUGCAAAUUAAUAUUGUAUCUUAUGAUUCUUAUAAGGCCAAUGUUUCUCUGGUAUUGAAGACAGUAUAAAAAUUGGAUGUCUUGAAAAUGAAAUAGUUACAAAGAAAUUAGUUACUCCAUUCAUGACUUCAGUGAAAAAAAAUACAUGUGAUUAAAGUGCAUCUGGAAAAUUUAGAAUUAAAAAAAAAGAAAGAAACCAAAUCCUUUACAUUGUAUCAAUUAACAAUCAUUUUGAAUAGGAAGAAUUUUAGACAAAAAAAAUGGUUUAUUGGUAUUGAUGUGUAUCACUUGAUUUACUGCUGAAAGACCAACUUACUAUAUAAUGCAUAGUGUGAAACCAUGUUUAUUUAUUAAUUUUUUGAAAUGCCCUCUGUGCAUCACAUUAUUUGUCUGGCUUUGUUCAUCUUCCGGCAUAUGUCAAUAAACAAUUUUUAUUUUUGACUUCUUCUCAGAAUGCACUGAAACAAUUUUAAUGUAAAUUUGCGGAAACCUUCCAUGGGAACCAAAAGUAUGAAUUAGAUGGUCCCAGCCUCCUCUCUCGAGGGGCCUGAGGGAUGGGAUAAAAAAAUGUAAAUUUGUGGAAACCUUCCAUGGGAACCAAAAGUAUGAAUUAGAUGGUCCCAGCCUCCUCUCUCGAGGGGCCUGAGGGAUGGGAUAAAAAAUGUAAAUUUGUGGAAACCUUCCAUGGGAACCAAAAGUAUGAAUUAGAUGGUCCCAGCCUCCUCUCUCGAGGGGCCUGAGGGAUGGGAUAAAAAAUGUAAAUUUGUGGAAACCUUCCAUGGGAACCAAAAGUAUGAAUUAGAUGGUCCCAGCCUCCUCUCUCGAGGGGCCUGAGGGAUGGGAUAAAAAAAUGUAAAUUUGCGGAAACCUUCCAUGGGAACCAAAAGUAUGAAUUAGAUGGUCCCAGCCUCCUCUCUCGAGGGGCCUGAGGGAUGGGAUAAAAAAAUGUAAAUUUGCGGAAACCUUCCAUGGGAACCAAAAGUAUGAAUUAGAUGGUCCCAGCCUCCUCUCUCGAGGGGCCUGAGGGAUGGGAUAAAAAAUGUAAAUUUGUGGAAACCUUCCAUGGGAACCAAAAGUAUGAAUUAGAUGGUCCCAGCCUCCUCUCUCGAGGGGCCUGAGGGAUGGGAUAAAAAAAUGUAAAUUUGCGGAAACCUUCCAUGGGAACCAAAAGUAUGAAUUAGAUGGUCCCAGCCUCCUCUCUCGAGGGGCCUGAGGGAUGGGAUAAAAAAAUGUAAAUUUGCGGAAACCUUCCAUGGGAACCAAAAGUAUGAAUUAGAUGGUCCCAGCCUCCUCUCUCGAGGGGCCUGAGGGAUGGGAUAAAAAAAUGUAAAUUUGCGGAAACCUUCCAUGGGAACCAAAAGUAUGAAUUAGAUGGUCCCAGCCUCCUCUCUCGAGGGGCCUGAGGGAUGGGAUAAAAAAAUGUAAAUUUGUGGAAACCUUCCAUGGGAACCAAAAGUAUGAAUUAGAUGGUCCCAGCCUCCUCUCUCGAGGGGCCUGAGGGAUGGGAUAAAAAAAUGUAAAUUUGCGGAAACCUUCCAUGGGAACCAAAAGUAUGAAUUAGAUGGUCCCAGCCUCCUCUCUCGAGGGGCCUGAGGGAUGGGAUAAAAAAAUGUAAAUUUGUGGAAACCUUCCAUGGGAACCAAAAGUAUGAAUUAGAUGGUCCCAGCCUCCUCUCUCGAGGGGCCUGAGGGAUGGGAUAAAAAAAUGUCAAAUUAACUCAAAGUCUUCUCAUGAUGCAUAGAUUGGAUCUUCAGGUACGGUACCAAAAUCAUAGAUCCCUUAGGGUCUCUCAUUUCUCCAUGUAGGGAAAGAGUAAAAUUUAGUUUGAGCUUGUACAUUGAGGUACAUUUGGAUUGUUACAGAUACAGUCAGGACUUUCCUUAUACAACAUUAUAAGAUUGAGAUAUAUUAGCAAAUUAACAUUGUUGCUGAAUGUCUUGCUCCAUAAAAAAUGAUGAUUUUGUUGGAUUGGGAGAUAGGGAUAACUGAUGACAUGCUGAAUGUUAAAUCAGAAUUAGUAUUCAUACAUGAAAAGUUUUGCUUGUAGAACCUCCAGCUAUUAAUAAUCAUCAUCACAUCAGUAUUUACUUGUACCCUUAUCUGUAUAAGUAGCAUUUAGGUGCAGAAGAUUUCUAGUCAUACAAGUCCUGAAACACAGCAUUACUGUACAUUAUCUAAACUGUCCAUUCCAACUUUGUGUUAAAACGUUUCAGUACAACUUGUUCUGUACCCAAACAAUGUAAUGUUUCUCCAAGGGUUUAUAAUAAGUUUUAGUCUCUAAAAGUGAUUUCUAACUUGAGUUCUAAGAGAUAAACAUGCCUGUACAAUCUAAGUCCUGAUUUUAUACUGUCUUUGCAUUAUGA